CAGUAUUUUUUAUUUGUAUAAAUUCAAAUACGCCAAGCUGAUUGGGCAGAUUUUUUUUUACCUUUCUUGACUGGCUGUCUGCUGUGAGCCCUAUUUUAAAUGCUUGUGCUGCCCUCUACUUUCUAGUUACUCUUCUUUUGCCUGCAGCAUACACAGAUCUUCUUCUUAUGGAAAAGCUACAGUCACCAGCCAGAGACAUUCAUCCAGACACAAGAAAUGGAUUGCAUCCUGUCACCCUUUUAAAUAGGAACAAUCUGACGUUACUAGACACUGGAACAUCAGCAGAGCAGUUCCUCCAGCAGAAAAUCAGCAAUAACAUAGCACAGGGACAUCAAGAUGCCUUUUAUGUUGCAGACCUUGGAGAUAUAAAACAGAAACACUGGCGUUUUAUGAAGGAGCUACCUCGAGUUAAGCCUUUCUAUGCAGUGAAGUGCAAUAGCACAAAUGAGGUGCUUCAAAUGCUGGCAACUCUGGGUACAGGAUUUGAUUGCGCCAGUAUGGGUGAAAUAGAUAUGGUGCUGAGAAUGGGAGUGCCAGCUGCUGACAUUGUCUAUGCCAACCCCUGUAAGCAGGUAUCGCAUAUCAAAUAUGCUGCUGCGCAUGGUGUGUGCAAAAUGACAUUUGACUGUGAAGCUGAACUGUUUAAGAUAGCAGCCUUUCACCCAAAAGCAGAGAUGAUUCUCCGCAUUGCAACAGAUGACAGAGACGCUUGGUGUGCCCUCAGUUCUAAAUACGGUGCUCUUGUGGAGCAAUGUGAGGAUCUUCUAAAGACAGCAAAGAACCUCAAUAUCCAAGUAAUUGGCGUGAGUUUUCACACUGGCUCUGGAUGCAAGAACACUCAUUCCUUUUGCAAAGCCAUUGAAGAUGCUAGAAAGGUAUUUGAAAUUGGGAAGAAGUUAGGAUAUCAAAUGAGACUCCUGGAUAUUGGAGGGGGGUUUUCUGGGAACUCUGAAUUUCGACCAACAUUUGAAGAGUUUGCAGAUGUCAUCCGUCAAUCUCUGAACCAGUACUUUCCUAAUAAUAAGGAAGUAGAGAUUAUUUCAGAACCUGGAAGAUAUUAUGUGGAAUCGGCUUUCACUGUUGCUUUGAAUAUUAUAACCAAGAAAGAGGUGUAUGAAAAAGGUGCAGAUGGAAACAGCAGAAGGAAAUUCUCCUAUAUACUAAAUGAUGGGGUGUAUGGAACUUUUCUUGACUUUUAUUUAGUAAAAGAAAAACAAAAACUGAAGCCAUUAUUGGGCAAGGAUUUUGCCACUGAACAAGAGCUCUUUCCCAGCAAUCUCUGGGGUCCCACCUGUACGAAUGUGGAUAAACUAGUGAAUGAAUUUUAUCUUCCAGAGUUAGAAACAGGAGACUGGGUUAUAUUUCCAAACAUGGGGGCUUACUCCAUCUCCAUGAGCACUACAUUCAAUGGGUUUCCCCAACCAAAGGUGUACUUUGUGCUAAGCAAGGGGGAUGAGUGAACUACUGCACAGGAAUUAGCUAAAAAAAGAAAAAUGUGCACAGCUCAAUAAACUGCUACAGAAUCACCAUCGGGAAUACAGAUUAAGACAGUAGAUGUACAGUGCAAGAAAGGAGAAACAUAAGAAAAUAAAGAAAAUAGCAUUUCCAGGAUUUUUAUUUGAUAUGGCUUCUAGUUCUAGUCUUUUGACUAAUAAAGAGCAUAAGGUGGUAAUCAAGGCUAAGGAGAAACUACUAUUCAAUUACAUUUUUUAAUCCCAGUCUAGCAAAACCCAUUUACGUUUACAUCUAUUCUGAAUGGUUGAUUAUCAGUUUACCAGUGCCUGAAACCACGAAAAAUACUGCUUUUUUAUUGUAAUAUAUAACCAAAAGUUAUGGUUACUGCUGUUAAUUUACCUUUGUCUGCUGUAAAUGAUGCAUAACCUCUGUAAAGUGCUGCAGAAUAUAUUGGAACUAUAAAUAUAAAACAAAUACUCCUAAUGACAAAUUUAAUAUUCUGUUUCUUAACCUACAAUAAUAGAAGUGCCCAACAUUCUAUCUAAAAAACACUAAGGGGCUGAUUUACUUACCCACGAACGGGUCGAAAUGAGUCCGAUUGCGUUUUUUUGCGUAAGU